GAAGUCGAGCAGGAACGGAAAGAAACAGGAAGAAGACGAAGAAGACGAAGAAGACAACAUCGGUACCAUGAAUAAGAGGCUAGGAAAGGAGCUUGAAGAAAUCCGCAAAAGUGGCGUGAAGCAUUUUCGCAACCUUCAAGUGGAUGACUCUAAUCUUUUGAACUGGCAAGGGCUCCUUGUUCCUGAAUCUGCUCCCUAUGACAAAGGAGCGUUUCGGAUCGAGGUCAUCUUCCCCGCGGAGUACCCCUUCAAGCCACCCAAAAUCACUUUCAAGACAAAAAUCUACCACCCCAACAUCGACGAGAAGGGCCAGGUGUGCCUGUCUACCAUCAGCGUGGAAAACUGGAAACCAGCCACAAGAAUGGAGUACGUGAUCAAACAACUGGCCUGUCUGGUGAACAGCCCUCAGCCGGAGCACCCGCUGAGAGCCGACCUGGCCGAGGAGUACAGUAAAGACCGCGCCAAGUUCAUGAAGAACGCAGAGGAGUUCACGAGGAAACACAGUGAAAAGCGGCCCGUUGACUGACAUCACUGGCGCUCGCUGCUCUUUCCCUUCUUUCUGUUUCCUGUUUAAAGAGCCCAGGCUCCGUUCUCACCCCCACCCCCCCCCCCCCCCCCAAACUACACAGAGAUGCCCUGUUCUUGCAUAUCUGCUUGUUUUAGCACUCUCCAACCACUCCGUAACAAUAGAGGCUUGUGUUUCUGUUUCACUUUGCCAAAAAAAGAAAAAGAAAAAAGCAGGACUUUUUGACGAAUAGGGAGGUGCUCUGGCCUCUAGGUGUCACCAUUUGAUUGUUUUGACUUCUUUCUACUGAUUUCUUUUUAGAAAAAAAUAAAAAUUUAAAUAUCAGAAAUAAUUGAGAAAAAAAGUGCUGUUCUGCCUACUUAAAUGUUGAAUGUUUUUUUUUUUUUUUUUUUUAGAUUAAUCAUUAGCGUAAGCAGACCUGUUUACAGACUUUUAAGCUUUGUUUUCAAUCUAAAGCUGGUGUUUAUAUCUGUUUCUUUAUUUUUCCCCCUAAGAUACACUGUACUUUGUGAUUCACCCACUGCAGUACUAGAAAACUAGUUUGCUGGUGAUGCAGAAUUCCACAUUUUUGUGAAAAUGCAACAACAUUCAUGUAUCCCUUGAAAUGUUUUUGUAUUUUGAGAUGUUGGGGAAAAUAAUUAAAAUUCUUUCACUCUGUUGGCCUCCAGGAAACGUCAGUGAGCAUCGUUUGUCACGCAGAUAAACUACUGUAUGUCUGCAUAUCAGACUUCAUAUUUUAUUUUAUCCUAACUGCUCUUGACUUAUCUCUUUAAACACAUCUGCAGAAGAAUUAGGGCUUUAAAUUAACAUGCAGGGUUGCUCUCCAACUCCUGCUCCUCCUCUCACUACAACAUUUCCAUAUGAAGAAUAUAAUAUAAACAGCACUUAUUGGUUCCAGCAUUGCAAAAUAGAUUUUUAACCUGCAGGUAAACAGCUCUUCUUGUCUUUUCCCCGUCAAUAAACACACUGUAUGUAGUUCUCCAGUUAAUAUACUCUGACAGCCUAGGAAGUGAAGCUCACCAGCAGACUACACAGUAACGCAUCCAACUGCAGGUGGAACACAGGUGAUCAUUAAUCAAUAAAGAUUUGCAAUGGAUGCUCAAACAAA